CCCAUGUUGCAGGACAGAGGCUCUAAGCAGUCCUUGUCUGCUGGCAGCACUUCCCCAGGGUCAGUGCCCAGAGCUCACCACCGAGGGCAAAAGGCGAAGAGCUGUAAAUAACCCCAACUGUAUUUGGAGUUUUGCUUUCUCUGGGAGCCUGACUUUUGGAGAGGUGGUGCAAGAGCAGGCAGGUAUUUUGCCUUGGCCAGGACAUUUCCUGAUGAAAGCAGUAAUGAAUUGUGAGCAUGAGCUUUUUUAUCAAAUUCUCGCUCUCUUGCCUUCAAACUGAGAGUAGAAGGGUUGUGCAGCUUUAUCAGGCAGCACAAGGAGACCUAAAGUUCACUGAGCCACUAUGACCUAAUGCAAAUGUGUUUUGAUUCCUCAGCUCAUGUUGGGCAGCUGCAUUUGUAUGAAGAGCUGUUCCUCCACAAUUCUUUAGAACAUACCUCCAGGGGUGCAGGUGGAGAGGCUGUUUUUUUCUGACCAUUCCUGCCACCAGAUCGAUCUGCUUUCAUUAAAUAAUAACCAAAUCAAACAAACUCUCCAGCCUUUCAUUCAAAGACUGCAGCAAACCACACCAAGGUCGCACCCGUCUGCAAAGUAGGCUGACUUUGCAGCUGACUGUCUUACGUGUUUUUCUAUGUGCAGCACAGUGAAGGAAUGAAGAAAGCAAUUGUUCUAUAGGACUUCAUCUCUUUUUUAAGCUGGCAUUGUUGGUGCAAGAAGCCAGAACUCAGAUGGACGCCUUCACCAUGGACAAGACUCUGCUAAUGCACCUGGUCCUGCUGAGCCUGCUGAUUGGGAGUAGCCAGGGGUGCUACUGUGAACAUUACCCGUGGGGGGCAUGGUCUGCCUGUUCACAAACCUGCAAUUAUGGCACACAGACCAGGCACAGGCAAAUAAGAAUGGAUGAAUAUUAUAGCCAGAACUUCUGUGACCAGCUGUGCAAAAAGCAGGAAUCUCGUGCAUGUAACCAGCAAACAUGUCCUAUCAACUGUCAGCUUGGAGACUUUGGUCCUUGGUCAGAAUGUGACCCAUGCAUUAAAAAACAAUUUCGUACCCGGACACUCCUGCGACCAUCCCAGUUUGGGGGUCAGGCCUGUACUGAGCCGCUGGUGGAUUCCCGCCCAUGCUUCCCAACUAAGCUUUGCAACAUAGUGGAAGUUGAUUGCAAGAAUAAAUUUCAGUGUGAAAGUGGUCACUGUAUUUCAAAAACCCUGGAAUGUAAUGGAGAAAAUGACUGUGGGGACAACUCUGAUGAAAGAAACUGUGGAAGGAAAAAGACUGUGUGUAACCGAAAGUAUGAGAGCAUCCCUGGUGUGCAGUUAAUGGGCAGUGGGUUUCACAUUCUGGCAGGAGAGAGCCGAGGGGAAGUCCUUGGCAACUCAUUCAAUGGAGGACAAUGCACAACAGUGAAGCGCAAUGAGACGAGGAAAUUGUAUCGUGUCCCAGCAAAUCUGGAGGCUAUCAGCUUUCAGGUAGUAGAUGAAGAGGAUGAUGUCACAUCAGACUUCUACAAGGAUUUAACUUCCCUGGGUGAUAGUGUUUCUCGAAGUAGUUCAUCCAGUCAUGGUGCUCGAAGAUCUUCUGGUAUACCACUUUUAUUCUCAAAAAAGACGCGGGUUCAAGUUACAUCAUCCUCCUCCUUCAAGAAAGCUAUUAAAGCCUCAUAUGAAAAGAAUUCCAACUUUAUUAGAGUCCAUAAAGUAAUUUCUGUUGCAAACUUCACAAUGAAAGAGUCAGAUCUGCAUCUCUCAGACGUCUUUCUAAAAGCACUUAACCACCUGCCCCUGGAGUACAACUAUGCUUUAUACAGCAGAAUAUUUGAUGACUUUGGCACUCAUUACUACACCUCUGGGAAGAUGGGUGGUUCCUAUGACAUUCUUUACCAGUACAGCUCUGAGGAACUGCAGAACUCGGGCCUGUCAAUUGAUGAAUCAACAGAGUGUGUCCGAACAGAAACCACCAAGCGUGUGUUCUUCCGGAAGAAAAAGAAAGUCAGUACCAGAUGCACCACAAACAGGAUGACUGUGAGACAUGAAGGUUCCAUGUUGGAGUCAUCAGAACGGUCAGUCUCCCUAGUAAAAGGUGGCAGGUCAGAGUAUGCAGCAGCUCUGGCCUGGGAGAAAAAGGGAGCUUUUCCAGGACACACAGUCUUCACAAACUGGCUGGAAUCAGCAAAGGACAAUCCUGUGGUGAUUGACUAUGAGGUGUCGCCCAUUGUGGAUCUGGUGAGGAACGUGCCGUGUGCUGUGACCAAACGCCGCAACCUGAGGAGAGCCCUGAGGGAAUAUGCGAGCAGGUUUGACCCUUGCCAGUGUGCUCCAUGCCCAAACAAUGCCAGACCUGUGCUCUCUGGGACAGAGUGCCUUUGCCUGUGCCAGGCUGGCACCUAUGGCAAAAACUGCGAGACACGAGCUCCAGGCUACAAAUCAGUUGCUGUAGAUGGCAGAUGGGGUUGCUGGUCUGAGUGGACUUCAUGCGAUGCUUCCUUCAAAACAAGAAGGACGCGAGAAUGUAACAACCCCUCCCCAAUGAACGGUGGGAAGCCAUGUGAAGGAGAGAGGGAAGAAGUGGAGGACUGUUAUGUCUCUGUGUUUGCAGACAGAGGUACUCCCUGUAUAAAUGAUGAUGAAGCCAGAAGAGAAGAGAAUGUCUUGACUGAACCUGAGUCUGGAUGUUCCAGGCCAGACCCACCAGAAUAUGGCUUUAUCAGGAAUGAAAAGAACCAGUAUGCUGUGGGGGAAGAAGUUGAAAUUGCCUGUGUGAGUGGUUAUAGCCUCAUUGGCUAUCGAUACCUUUGGUGUCUGCCAGAUCAAACCUGGACACAGCAACAUGUUGAAUGCCAACCCUCAGUAUGCCUCAGGCCACCAAUAUCUGACAAUGUCACAAUUUCCCCAUUUAAGCAACAGUACAAUAUUGGUGACACCAUGAAGCUGAGCUGCCAAGCUGGGUUUAUAGUCAGUGGUCACACAAGGUAUACCUGUGAGAAAGACCUGUCCUGGAUACCUCCUAUUUCGAGGGCUAUUACAUGUAAGAAAGAUGUACAAUCUAAAAUUAGAGGUGUUUGCAAUCUAGGACAAAAGCAGGUUGGAUCUCAGUGUGUUUGUAUGUCUCCAGAAGAAGACUGUGGCUACUACUCAGAAGAGAUCUGUGUGCUACAUGCUGUUUCUGAACAGAAUGUAACCAAGCCCAGCUGUCAGUAUUCAGCUGAAAUGUGCCUUGGAGAGCAGUCAUUUCAUUUCAUGCAUGCUGGCCCUUGUCAUGGUGAUUCCAACCUAGACUGGGCUAUUGAAAGGGCAAAGCUCUCUACAAAUAGCUUGAAGAAAGUGCCCUGUGGCUAUGACACCUGCUAUGACUGGGAGGAUUGUCCAGAGACACAGACCCAGUGCUCCUGCCUGAUACCUUACCAGUGCCCCAAAGAAGACAGCCGCCCUCAUUGCAUCCAAAUGGAGUCGACAGGAAGGAGGAGGACAGUCAGUCAUUGCGUGCUGGCAGCCAUGAAAUGUGCAGGCAUCAAACUGAAGGUGCUAGAACAUGGGAACUGCCUGGCAUGACCUUUCGACUCUCUGCAAACACCAUGAUCACCACGUCAAGCACAGGUUGAGCCAAGGGAAAAAGUUGAAUAUGAAGCAACGAGGAGAUCAAAAACAAAGGAUGAGAAAAAAAAAUAGAGCUCACUUUAUCAGAUUUUUGGGAGAAGGGUGGCAGUGGGCUUUUUCCUGUAUGAAAACAAUCUAGGGUGCGGGAUACAGGGACUGCUGUCACUGCUGGCAAUUCUGCGGAUGUACAGAGGGAGGGAGGGGACCAGAUGGGAAGGGAGAAAAAGACUAAGUCUCCCUUAGUCCUGCAUGAAACUUUUCCUUUCCUCAGUCAUUUGUUUCUUUGUCCUUGUGCUUGUGACUGCUGUGCAUUUUGGCUGUCUCAGUGGCUGAGUACCUACUGUACCAUCCAGGCAGGCAGACCAGGCACUUCAGCACCAGUGCACAUUCUUUCUGAUGCCAAAUGGGGAGGGGGUAGCAGGAGGCUACCUGCACAGGCACUCAUGGUACAAACUCAAGGAGAAAUACAAAAUACUGAAAAAAACACAACUAUGCAAUAACUGAGUGAAGUCUUCAAAACUAUGUGAUUUUUAAUUGAAGGGAAGGGGUGUUUGCUUUUUGUGCUUGUUUACUGAGCUUGAGCUUUAGACACUACUGGGGAAUUUUUAUGGUGUCCUUUGAGGUGAAUUAAGCACAUGUUUGUACUUAAAUAUAAAAGAAACAUUUAAUGAACAAUGCAUUGGGCAGAUGCACUGCAAUACUACGUUCUACUUGAAGGGGUUCUACUUGGAGUCUGCAAAGAUGCAUCUCAAGCAGGUUCCCUGUAUACACUUGCACCAGCACCAGUCCUGAGAGCACCUGUAUGGAGCACCUCAGCCCAACCGUAGGUCCAUUCCCCCAUUGUUCCUUGAUCACAGAUCAUAACUGCUGAGCAGUUACAAUUAGAAUUUUCCCUUCAACACUAGCAAUUUUACAAAACUAAGGAAUAUAAACUUGCUUUCUGAGAAGGAGAAAACAGGAAGUCACUUUUUUUUUUCACCAGCAGUCAUUGAAACAAUGAAAAUCAGGCAAAAAGAGCAUAGAAUCGAAUCAGAGAAUUAUAGAAUUUCCCAAGUUGGAAGGGACCCACAAGGAUCAUUGCAGUCCAACUCCUGGUCCUGCACAGAACACCCCAAGAAUCACACUAUAUGCCUGAGAACAUUGUACAAAUGCUUCUUGAACUAUGUCAGGCUUGGUGCUGUGACAACUUCCCUGGGGAGCCUGUUCCAGUGCCCAACCAUCCUCUGGGUGAAGAACCUUUUCCUGAUAUUUAAACCUCCCCUGACACAGCUUCAUGCUGUUCCCGUGGGUCCUGUCACUUGUCACCACUGAGAAGAGAUCAGUACCUGCCCCUCCUCUGCCCCUUGUGACAAAAUUGUGGACCACAAUGAGGUCUCCCCUCAGUCUCCUCCAGGCUGAACUGACCAAGUGCCCUCAGCUGCUCCUCAUACGGCUUCCCCUCAAGGCCCUUCGCCAUCUUCAUUGCACCCCUUUGGAUGUUCUCUAAUAUCUUAAUAUCUUUCUUACAUUGUUGUGCCCCAAACUGCACACAGGACUCGAAGUGGGGCUAUGCCAGUGCAGAGCAGAGUGGGACAAUCCCCUUCCUCGCCCAGCUGGUGAUGCCUUGCCUGAUGCCCCCCAGGACAUGGUUGGCCCUCCUGGCUGCCAGGGCACUGCUGACUCACGUUCAACUUGCCGUUGGCCAGGACUCCCAGGUCCCUUUCCACAGUGCUGCUCUCCAGCAUCUCAUUCCCUAAUCAAUACACACACCCAGGGCUGCCCUGUCUUCAGUGCAGAAUCCAGCAUUUGCCCUAGUUAAACUUCAUAUGGUUGGUGACUGCCUGGUGCUUUGAUUUGUCAAGGUCUCUCUGCAGGGUCUCUCUGUUUUUGAGGGAAUCAACAGCUCAUCCCAGUUUUGUGUAAAAAAUUUAGUAUCCCUUUGAGUCCUGCAUCCAAGUCAUUUCUGAAGAUAUUGAAGAGCACAGGACCUGAGAUGGAGCCCUGCAGAACCCUACUAGUGACAGGUUUCCAGCCUGAUGUGACCCCAUUCAUUAUAACCCUUUAUGCCUGAUGCAUCAGCCGGUUGCUCACCUAUGUCAUGAUGCAUGAGAAAUGUCCACUGGUGAACAACCGGCCCCAUGUGUAAGUGCCGCACCUUGUCAGAGGCUGGGCAGAAUCACCUGGGGGCUGGUGGUGAGCUGGAUGUGAAAUGGUUAUUUUUCUGUCCAAAGACACACAUUUGGAAUGUUAUCAAGCUCCCCAGAACAGCAGCUAGUCUCAACUGGGUGGAGCUCAAGAAAAAGAAGAAAUUAAUCCUGCAACUAAAUACAAUAAAGCAUUAUGCUUUCUUGUUUAAAAUGUGUAGUAAAAAUUUUUACCAAAACCUGCAUACAUUUUCCUUUGUAGUUCUAUAGCUCUUUCCUCCAGCUGAAGAUCUAUAAUAAUAUGCUAGUGGUGGUCUAGGAGGGGGUUGUAAAUUUGUUUGCCUUUAGUUUUGGUUGGUUGUUUGUUUUUUUUUUUUUUUUUUUAGUGCCCUUAUUUCUUCUUGUUGGUUGCAUUCUGUGGGGGAAGAAUCACUCAGAAUGGUUGUGUAUGCUUUUCUGCUCCAGCAACAAACAAUGAAGAUUUCUUGCUCCCCACCCUCUAACCUUAAUGAUGGUUUCAUUCCAGACUGAUUCCAGUGUGACUGCCUAGCAGUUUUUCUGCUAAAAGGAAUUUUUUCACUUGACACUUCUCACCAUACUAAAUUGCCAGACAAAGUUAUUUCCUGGUAAACAGAAGGCAGCCAAGUGCUCCCUGACUGUCCCCAUUUCUCCAGCACCUCUGGUUUCAGAGUGGUUGUGUGCUGUGGUAGCACUGGCAUUAACUUCCAUUGUUCUCUCUUGCUGGUGGGGGUAACUCCUGUAGUUCCUGUUUUACAGUUGAGCAUUAUGGCACAGAAUGGAGACAUCAUCUGCCACUCACUGAAAAGGUCGUGAUUAUGUCAUAAACUGAAUCCAGAGGAAAUCUUAAACAUGCUGAAAUUAGUGGGAGUUUUACUAUUGGCUUCAGUAGUGUCUGGACUGCACUUGCAAGGACUUUGGGUUUGCUCCUGUGCUCUGUCACAGGGGUCACCAACCCUCACAUUAAAGACUGCAGUUCUUUAAUAUUUCCUGCAACAACUAUCUUUUCGUUAGAUAUGAGAACUUCAAUUAGGUAAUAAUAGUUUUCUUGUUCACUGUGGGCAAGGAAUGCCAUCCCUCCUUUGCCAUUGUAAGCUUCAAGCAACAUACCUGGCUUGAUGGAUCAUUGCCUUGGGUCAUAAAUUAUAAUUGGGAAAGAUAAAGGAAACCUGAAGGAAUCUGUCAGGAUAAGCAAGGUCACAGAGACCUUACCAGUUCUCAAGGGGCAGCUUUCUUGGUAAUGCAGCUUCACUACUGCACAGAAAAAAAAAAACCAUCUAUUUGUUCUUGUCAUUAGAGAGGAGGCAUUAUCCAAAACAAAUAUAAUGAGCCUUUCCAUUGAUGCAAACGUCCACACAACAGUCCAGCAUAUCUAAUUUUUCACUGGCACAAGACUAUGUGAAAUGUGUAUAGAAUACACUUACCACAUUGAGACAGCUGAAGCAUGACUCAAUGGCUGGACAAUCAGCAGCUGCUCUUGUGGGCUUCUCACCAUGGCUUUUCUAUAAAUAGUUGUUGCAACAUAGAAUGCAAAAUUUGAGUAAAUAUAAAAGAUAAUUGAACAUAUAUAUGUACAGUGUCUGUUAUAGUGAUUAUCCUUCUGCAACCUCAGAAAGGAGUAAGUAAUCUAGAGUUUUCUCCAUGAGUUCGAAGUAAAGUCUCAUACACAGGUUUAAAUAUCAACAACCAAACUUUUGCUGAUGAGCCACUGCUUAGGUAUAGUAAUUACUGUUUCUUGUUACAGCUAUGAAAACAUCUUGUAUUCAA